AUGGCUGACGCACUCGUACAAAACAGACCAAGGAUUCUGUUCUUUUGCCACAGGUGUUACUUGGAAUUUGAAGAAGCUUUGCACGAUUACACAUGUCCAUUCUGUGAAAGCCCAUUUAUUGAGCAGUUGGAGGAUGGAUCUGAAGGAUUACCCAAUAAUGGCCACACAUUUAGCGAUGCCAAUAUGAGCAAUAUUGAUGAUGCCAACUACAGUGACAACUCAAACUCGGAUCAGCCCUUUUUCCCUCUAAAUAAUCUUCCGCCAGUUCUUCAAGAUAUAGCUUUCCUAAUGUCAGGGGAUAGGUUUAGAGAUGCGACACGGCAUCAUCCAAUCACAGCUGAGAUUGGAUGGGCCUUAAGUGGUGGUCAUGGUGGCGCUCCGCCGGGCACCAUCACCGCCGGAGCCCCCCUGGUCCUCUUGGGAGCACCAGGGGACUAUGUUUUUGGGGGAGAAGCUUUAGAUGCAGUAGUCACACAACUACUGGGGCAGUUAGAGCACUCUGGGCCUCCGCCGAUGCCGCGUGAUAUACUCAACUCGAUUCCCGACGAGACGGUGACAGAGGAGCAGGUUGCGGCUAACAUGUCAUGCUCUGUCUGUUGGGAGACUUUUCAACUUGGCGAAACUGUAUCGAAAUUGGAAUGCGAGCACAUAUUUCAUAAGCCCUGCAUCAAGCCGUGGCUGGAGUUACACGCCACGUGUCCAAUCUGCCGACGUUCUUUGCUACCACCAGACCAGUCUCCUUCUAAUACUACUGCAACUACUACUACUCCGAACACAACAAGUAAUAGCGCAACCAAUAACCCGGACCCGCCCCGGCUUAGGCCUGCGCUAACACCCCGCGUAGUCAUCCGACGCUCGACACACCCCCUGUUCCGUCGGUCGUUCCAAACCCACACGUGGGACUCGCCCCGCAAUAUGAGCAUCUCGUCUGACUCGAGCUCCUCUAUAACGACCGGUGGCCUCUGGGCACCACAAACGAGGACCGACAGCAACAGCGACUCUUCAACAUCGGUCAGCGACAGAACGCAAAAUUAUCACACGGACUUCGAUUGCGAUUAA